AUGGUCCUUGUGGUGUUGCUGCUCAUUCGGCUUCCUCAUAUGGCAUGCAGGGCUCCUGUAAAAUCUAGGGUCCAGUAUCCACACAAUCCACUGCACAAAUACCAUCAGAAAGGGGACCUCAUCAUUGGUGUCAUUGCCUCUCAAAGUUUCAUCAUGUCCAGCUCAAUAUCGUUCACUGAAAUACCACCUCCAGUAUCAGCUGAAGAGUUGAUAGUAGUACCUAAAAAUUACCAGCAUAUCUUGGCCUUGGAAUUUGCAGUAAAGGAAAUCAAUGAAAACUUCCAGUUCUUACCCAAUGUCACCUUGGGCUUCUACAUCUAUGACAGUCAUUUUACUGCAAUGAGGACCUAUCAUGCCACCAUGUUACUCAUGUCCACACUGGAGAGAUUUUUCCCUAACUAUGUAUGUGACACGCAGAAUAACCUAAUAGCUGUCAUUGGGGGACUGGACUCCGAAACCUCCCUUCACAUGGCAAAUAUCUUGGAUAUCUACAAGAUGCCCCAGGUCCAUCAUUCCCUGAGAACUGUCUCAUUUAACAACAGUGCUGGGGACACAGUUUCCUUUGACCAGAAUGGGGAGCUAAUGGCUGGAUUUGAUGUCAUCAACUGGAUUUUUUCAUCCAACCAAACUAAACAGAAAAUUGGCCAGUUAGAUCCUGAGGCUCCUCCAGACCAAGUGUUCACUAUCAAUGAGGAUGUCAUAAUCUGGCACAGCUGGUUUAACCAGACUCGUCCACUCUCAGUUUGUACUGACAGCUGCCAUCCUGGUUUUAGCAAGAAAGUGAAGGAGGGGGAACCAUUUUGCUGCUAUGAUUGCAUUCCAUGUCCAGAAGGGAAGAUUUCAGACCGUGAGGACCUGAGCGACUGCUAUGAAUGCACAGCUGAAACCUUUCCAAAUAAAAAUCAGGAUCUCUGCAUUCCUAAGCGCAUCAGCUACUUGACUUUUGGAGAACCUUUGGGGAUCAUCUUAGCCUCUUUUGCUCUUUGCCUUUUUUUGAUCACAGCUUUGGUGCUGGGAAUAUUUGUGAAGUGGAAGGAUACUCCCAUUGUCAAAGCCAACAACCGGAACCUCACCUACACCCUUCUUAUUUCACUUCUGCUCUGUUUCCUGAGCGCUCUGCUAUUUAUUGGCAAGCCUCACAAUGUGACAUGUUUCUUCCGGCAAACUGCUUUUGGCAUCAUCUUCUCAGUGGCUGUUUCUUGCGUGUUGGCAAAAACCAUCACAGUAGUUCUGGCUUUCCUGGCCACCAAACCAGGAUCCAGGAUGAGGAAAUGGGUGGGGAAAGGACUGGCAAACACCAUUGUUUUUUCCUGCUCCUUUGUUCAAGUAGGCCUCUGCAUCAUGUGGCUGGUCGCCAACCCUCCGUUCCCAGAUGUUGACAUGCACUCAUUGACUGAACAAAUUGUACUAGAAUGUAAUGAGGGAUCGGUGACUAUGUUUUACUGUGUUCUGGGCUACAUGGGGCUCCUAGCUUUUGUGAGCUUUACUGUGGCUUUCCUUGCCAGGAGGCUGCCUGACAGUUUCAAUGAAGCCAAGUUUAUCACUUUCAGUAUGUUACUUUUUUGCAGUGUUUGGUUAUCCUUUAUUCCAUCGUACCUGAGCACUAAGGGGAAGUACAUGGUAGCAGUGGAGAUCUUUUCUAUCUUAGCCUCCAGUGCUGGGUUACUGGGUUGCAUCUUUUCCCCAAAAUGUUACAUUAUUUUGCUGAGACCUGAGCUGAACAACCGGGAACAGCUAAUAAGAAGGAAGCCUUGA